AUAUUUCUAAACUUCACAAUCUUGCUGAAGUGUUCAACCAAGUAAUGAUUUUCUCUACUUGAAAAAUAAAAUAAAUAUUUCUUUCCCUCAUGUAAAAAUGAAAUAUCUCCAAGAAACUCUUAGGAAACACAGAAUGAAUACAACAACCAGAAAUAAGGUAACACGUUCCUCUGGUAAGUGUUUCACAUUUAUUCCUUUUUAUCCAUCAAAAAGACAUUGAAGAAUUAAAUGGGUGUGGAUGGGGAAAAUAGAAUAAAAUGAAGGUUUUAUCUAGAUUUAGUUGGUAAUGCAUAAGAAGCUUGAGUGGUACUUCCAAAGAUGGCAAUACAAAGGACUCAAUGAGAUACUGCUUUUGUUUGGUUGGUUUUUUUCUUCUUGAAGAGCUUGCAACUAUUUUCUGGUAGUUAAUAGAAAUCUCUAACUUUCAUUGAAAACAAAUGAGUAAUCUUCUUCUGGAAGUUCAAGUCCUUUGAAGUAAUAUUGGAAAAGAUUGUAUAUAGUAAACAUAGCUUUUCCUUGCAUAGAAAUGGGAGGAAACACUCAAUUUGAAGCCUGCACAUUCAUGUUUGGCUACUAGCAGUAACAGAGUUUUGAAAAUGGCAUAGAAUCAAGAUGCUCAUAUAUCACAGCAGUGCUGAUUCACUAGGUAAAGCUCUAACAUUGCUCCAAUACCUGAGAACUUUUCCACUUUAUAAAUAUGCAAAACUCAGAGCAUACAGUUUGUUUGCUCAAAAGUCCAAGUAGCUCUGCAAGCAGCCAGACUAAGCCUCUCCUUGAUCAAAUAUUGUGUCAGGUCCAUCCAGAAUAUCCUGUGCUUUGUCUUUUGAGAGGAUAGGUAGAACAAGAUCAAUUCCUGCAUUUGUCUUGCAAACCAGGCCUUUGAGCGGGGGCUUGUUACUUUUUUUUAGCUUAUUUUCUUUUUGUGUGUGUACUGAGGAGUCUCCAAAGUGGUUUUUAUUGGAGUGUUUUGGCAGCAGUAUCAACUACCUCUCUGAAAUGCCUGUACACCAACACACACAGCACAGGGAACAACCAGGCAGAAUUAGAGAUCUGGGUGCACAUUCUCACUGCAGUUACAGAGACAUGGUGGGACAGCUCAGAUGACUGGAAUGCUGUCAUGGAUUGGCUGCAUCCUUUCCAGGAAAUUAGGCUAUUUUCUUCUCACAGGCCAGCAAUGUGAGGUGGUGGAACUGCUCUUUAUGUGAGAAAGCAGCUGGGAUGUAUCGAGCUCUGCCUCGGGCUGGGUGAAGAACCAGACAAGAGCUUACAGACUGGUGCAUCCCUAUGAAUAAGAAAUCACACAAAGCAGAGCAGACCUGCAUGGAUGAGCAAAGAGCUUCUGGCAAAACCCAAAAGGAAGAAGAAAGUUUACAAAAUGCCGAAAAAGAGACGGGCUGUUCGCGAGGCAUAUAGGAACGUUGUCAGAGUAUGCAGAGAUGUGAUGAGGAACUCUCAGAUCCACUUGGAAUUGGGAAAAGGGAUGUCAAGGACAACAAGAAAGGUGUGAGCUUCCCCUGAAGCUGAUCAAAGGAGGAGGAGGUCAUCAGUGAGAGAGGAAUUAAAUGAAAAACUAAGCCAAGAACCAGCGUCCUUCAGAACCCCGAAAGAAGCGCUGUCAGCCGCAGAGCGGCGGGAAGCACAGACUCCAGCGGCUCCUCUCCCUGCUGCUGGACAGCGGGCACGAGUCUAAGGGAUGUCAGGGGCCCAGGGAGCUGCAGUGCUGGGCAGCGGAGCAGAGUACUUCUCUCAGGUACCUUCUCUCAGGCACCCUCCUGUACCCGAGCCCCUGAGAAGCGACGCGCACUCCCUGUCCCCCUUGUCCCGCGGGCGGGCGGCGGCGCAGGCACAGGGCAGGGGUGGCCGAUGGCCCUCGCCGCAGCUCCCGGCUCCCCGCGUGGCUCUCCCAAGCGCCUCUAAUCGGGUUGCCGUGAUUCCUGCCCUUCCCAAAGCGGCGGCCGGCGGGGGAGGCGGGGGCGGGCGGUGGGCGGCUCUCGGCUCCGCCGGCGCGGCCGCUCCGCUGCCCAUAAAGCGCGGCGGGAGCGCGGCGGGGCCGCGGCCAUGCACUGAGAGCCCGCCGGGGACCAGCGCCGCUCCGGCCUCGCCACGGGAGCACUGCGAGGGACAGACCGCCCAGCUCAAGAUGCAGAAGUGCACCGGAUUCCUGUUUCUGUCUUUAAUCCUUUGUGCCACCCUCUCGGAAACACUCGGGCUGGUUUUCUCAGCAAAAGACAAAAGGGGCUGGACUUUGAAUAGUGCUGGUUAUCUACUUGGGCCACAUGCAGUAGAUAACCACAGAUCUUUUAAUGACAAGCAUGGUUUCACUGGUAAACGUGAAAUACCGCCUGAUGAGGAUAUUAAAGCAGGGAGCCUUGGAAGACCCCUGGCUGAUGAAAACAUUGUGCGCACAGUAAUUGAAUUUUUGACUUACUUGCAUCUGAAAGAGGUGGGAGCACUUGACAAGCUACCUACACCAGAGGAAAUGAACCAGUCUUGAAGAAUGCAUUUUUAUUUUGUUGCAGUGUAGAUUUAGACUGAAUUCUAAACAAAAGACCAAAAUGACCUGAAGUUAAGAAGUAUGGUUUGCAUUUAUUUGAUAAAUGGUAAACAGUGUUCUGCCCUCUGAUUGGUUUGUUGGAUUAUAUUUUUGCUUUUUUUUCCCUUCCCUCCCUCUCCUGCAAUGUCAUUGUGUAUAAUUUUGCUUUGGUAAAAAUUUUCUGUAGGUAAAUGAUAAAAUAAAAAUAAAGAGCAACAAA